UGCUUCAAUGUGGGUGGGGGAGAGGGGGGGGAGGAGGUCGUGCCGCAAUUCUACACGCUGGUGUGGUAUAUAAGAGCAGCGCCAGGAAGGGAAUGGCAGACUAACUCACAAGUCCCUCAACACUAAACACCAUGGGCAAGACUGUUCUCCUCGUGCUGUCGGUGCUGGUGCUGGUGGCCGCCGCCCUGGCAGACCCCAAGCCUGAGCCUGAGCCUGAGCCUGGGUACCUCAGCCGUGGGUAUGGCGGAUAUGGCGGAUUUGGUGGAUUCGGAGGCUUCGGAGGCUUUGGUGGCUACAGAGGUGGAUAUGGAGGCUAUGGUGGCUACAGGGGUGGCUAUGGAGGCUAUGGUGGCUAUGGCGGAUACGGUUAUUACGGUUAACUUCAGCGUCUGCGCGGAACCAAAAGACAACGUACUCGGUCACGCCAACAACCAGCGGCCAGUCGUGAUCCUUAAGACAUGUUUUUGACAAUAAAUUCCUCUAAGUU